CCACAGGUGAUCACUAUGCUGACUGGCUUCAUAGAUAGAUUUCUGUGUUGUUUAUCGGGGAAAUCUGCAAACAUCGUGGUCCCUUUUACAACAUCUAAGCCUGCAGACCAUUUCGAGUUUGUGGAAGUAAAGCCUGGCAGAGUGAUGCGUAUUUGUCAUAUUAUCCCUCAGAGAGCUGUGAUUGAGGAACCAGACACAGGGGACGUGGGUACUGUGAGCUGUAAGAGGAAAAUCACUAUGUAUCACAGCGGACAGUUAUUCAUUGAGAACAUGAGUGAAGCAACUCACCCAGAACUGGUGCACUGCCAAAAUGGAAAGAGUGUUGUAGAGGUGGAUAUUCUGGAGAAUAACAACACAGCCUCAGGACAGGCUGGAGAGUCCGGGCUGGCAGUAGCACACGAGCAGCCACAGCACAGAUGGCGCAAGCCUAAGCGUACCUUGAUAAUCGACUGUGAACGCAAGAUCACCCGGUGCAAAGAGACGCACCCUGAUGUGGCCUUGUUCUUCAUUCAUGGAGUAGGAGGCUCGAUGGAUAUUUGGGAGAGUCAGCUGGACUAUUUCUCUCAGCUUGGUUAUGAGGUGAUCGCACCAGACCUAGCUGGCCAUGGAGCCAGCUCUGCACCUCAAAUCACAGCUGCCUACACAUUUUACGCCCUUGCUGAUGAUGUAAGAAUUAUAUUCAUGAGAUAUGCAAAACGGCGGAAUAUUCUCAUUGGGCAUUCGUAUGGUGUGUCUUUCUGCACCUUUCUGGCCCAUGAGUACCCAGAUCAAGUUCACAAAGUGGUGAUGAUUAACGGUGGAGGACCUACAGCCCUGGAACCCAGCCUCUGUUCAGUCUUCAAUCUGCCAACGUGCAUACUCCACUGGUUGUCGCCGUGCCUGUCAUGGAGCUUCCUCAUGGCUGGUUUUGCUCAUCAGGGCCAGAAGGAAAAGAAACUUCUGAAAGAGAAAAAUGCCUUCAAUAUCUCAUCUUUUGUGCUGCGUUCAAUGAUGAACGGACAGUACUGGCCAGAGGGUGAUGAGGUGUACCAUGCUGAACUAACCAUGCCAAUCCUCCUGGUGCAUGGCAUGUAUGACCGGUUUGUGCCAAUAGAAGAGGAUCAGCGCAUGGCAGAGAUACUACUUCUGGGCUUCUUGAAAGUCAUCGAAGAUGGGAGCCACAUGGUGAUGAUGGAGUGCCCUGCCAGAGUCAAUACUUUGUUGCAUGAAUUUUUCCUUUGGCAGCCAGCCACUGACUCCAAACCCAAACAAGAAACAGCACCUGCGCAGAAACAAGGCUGA